CGCAUUCCCGCAUUGGCUUGUGUGUGUUCUACCAACUUCUGGGCGCUUUGCGGGACUCCGUAGACGAACAUGGGGUUCAAUUUUGUCACCGUUUGCAUAAAAUGACUCUGAAGAAAAACAGCUAUGGAAAAGCACCUCUGAAACAGGAUAAAGUCCCCGUUUUUCUGCGAAGAAUCCAGUUAUCUCCAUCCGACUGCGUCUGCCAGAAAAAGUAGAGAAAGAGAAAAAAGGGGGGCUUUACUGGAAAACUCCGACUUUCGUAGUCCUUGGACCCGCUGAGCUCCUCCAAGGACUCUGGGAACCAAGUGACAAAGUUUGAUGCUGAAUACUGCCGCAUUAACCUGAGGUCCAGGGUGUAAGGAGAGCAGAAGGUCUCUCCAAUGCCAGUGGACAUGCAGCCACACCAGGGGCUGUAUCACUAUGAGACCUCACCCAGCCAGCCCUCCAGAGGCCUAGUGCCGUCAGAUCAGUCGCCCUACAGUGAUGUGUCGUCGCUGCGUGCUCCACUCCUCAACGGCCCUCCCCAGGACUGCCGCACUAUGUAUAAUCCCAUGACUCCCAGUAUGAGUCAUGGAUCAGGACCAGGACCAGGACAGGGAUUUGGUCACUGCUUAGAUCAAUACAUGAGGCCCCCUCAGGCCCCGCCGCCACACAGUAUGAUGGGCCACCGGGGUAUGCCGCCCACAGAGAGUGGCAGUAGCACCCCCUACUGUAACCAGAACAACAUGAUGCCCUCUCAUCACAACUUCUGUCCGGGUCAACCUGGCUCUGACCAGAAUGGCUCAGGUGAUGGCUCAAGGUUCUCCACACCUCGCUCCAUGCUGAAGCUGAGUAAAAAGAGAGCUCUGUCCAUUUCCCCCCUGUCGGAUGCCAGUGUAGACCUGCAAACGGUGAUCAGGACUUCACCCAACUCCCUGGUGGCCUUUGUCAACUCUCGUUGUAACCCCAGUGGGGCCAGUUCUUAUGGCCAUCUGUCUGUGAGCGCUAUGAGUCCAUCUCUUGGCUAUUCCAGCAACAUGAACUGUCAGUCCAGGCCUCAAGGAUCAAUGUAUGGAGGAGGUGGAGCAACGCCUCUGGGUGGACACACACCAGGUUCCUGCCAAGCAUCACGCUUACCUCCCCAUAAUCCUCGGCUACACGCUCCGCCCAAACACGGACAUCUGAAGACGGAGCCGGGGCUUGGGGGUGUGAUGGACGGCAUGAAUGUAAAAAGUCUGGAGGAGAGGUCAGAAGGAGAUGUGGCCAGUCCUUCUUCCACUGGCACUCAGGACCCACUCCUUGGUCUACUGGAUGGCCGAGAUGACUUGGACAAGGACGAUGGGAAGCCUGAACCAGAAGCCAUUUAUGAAACCAACUGCCACUGGGAGAGUUGCAACAAGGAGUUUGACACACAGGACCAGCUAGUUCAUCACAUCAACAAUGAGCACAUCCAUGGGGAGAAAAAGGAGUUUGUGUGUCACUGGCAGGAGUGCUCUCGAGAGCAGAGACCUUUCAAAGCCCAGUACAUGCUGGUGGUUCACAUGCGCAGACACACAGGGGAGAAGCCACACAAGUGCACUUUCGAAGGCUGUAACAAGGCAUACUCUCGCCUGGAGAAUCUGAAGACCCACCUGCGCUCUCACACCGGAGAAAAACCAUAUGUUUGUGAACAUGAAGGCUGCAACAAGGCCUUCUCUAAUGCCUCAGACCGAGCCAAACACCAGAACAGAACUCACUCUAAUGAGAAACCCUAUGUAUGUAAGAUCCCUGGCUGCACUAAACGGUACACAGACCCCAGCUCUCUGCGUAAACAUGUAAAAACAGUACAUGGUCCUGAGGCCCACAUCACUAAGAAGCACCGUGGAGACACAGGCCCUCGACCACCCGGCUCAGCUAUGACUCCUGGAGGCCAAAACACUGACCUACUGCUGGAGAAAGAGGAGACCCGCAGAGAGGACUGCAAACUGUUGGCCCCUGAAACUGCCCUGAAAUCUCAGCCGAGCCCUGGUGGUCAGUCAUCCUGCAGUAGCGAACGCUCUCCACUGGGAAGCACCAACAACAAUGACAGCGGGGUGGAGAUGAACCUAAACGCAGCAGGCAGUCUGGAAGAUCUGACAGCACUGGAGGAUGGAGUCACAGGUGGAGGAGGUGGAGAACCAGGAGGUGUAGGAGGAACUAUGGGAAUGUCAGCACAGGCUCUGAAAAGGCUGGAGAACUUGAAGAUUGACAAACUCAAGCAAAUUCGCAGGCCAACCCCUCCUGGCCGCUGUGCCAGCAAUAAGCUCCCUGCACUUCCUGGUUCAGGAGAGAACAUGGCAAUGUGUGCACCCUCUCCACUCCUUUCAAAUCGCCGUGUUAUGGAGCUGUCAAAUCAUGAGUUAGGAGGUGGCUCUUCGAUUGGCUGCUCUAAUGACAGGAGAGGAAGUGGCACAAGCAGCCUAAGCUCCGCCUAUACUGUGAGCCGUCGCUCCUCCAUGGUAUCUCCUUACUUAUCCAGUCGGCGUUCCAGUGAGGUUUCACAAAUGGGUGGACCAGGAGGAGGGGGAUGUCACCUCCUUGGCCCAGAGCACAGUGGAGGAGACCCUCUCUCUCCUGAGAUGAAUCGCAGAGGACCUCCGUGUCCUGGUGGAGGAGGAGGAGGACUGCCAGGUCUUCCCAACUUAACACCUGCCCAGCAGUACAGUCUGAAAGCCAAAUAUGCAGCUGCGACUGGUGGGCCUCCACCUACUCCUCUACCAAAUAUGGAACAGCCAGGUACCCCAGGGAGAAGAGGUGGCAUAUUAAGUGACUAUCAGGGACAGCCCCUGCCUCCUUUCCUUCAACAAGGUGGUCCAAGACGGCACAGUGCUAACACAGAGUAUGGCACUGGUGUCAUAUACCCUCACCAGGCUCCAGGUAACAACAGCAGGCGAGCCAGCGACCCAGUCCGAUCAGCAGUGGAUCCUCAAGCUCUCCCCAAGCGCUUCAACAGCCUGAAUAAUGUAUCUAUGAUGGGCCGAAGGAACGCACUGCAGCACCGUGGCUCAGACACCAGUAUCACCCGUCACAUUUAUUCCCCUCGGCCACCGAGCAUUACAGAAAAUGUAAUGAUGGAGGCCAUGGGUAUGGAAUCCCACCUGGCUCCCAUAGAGGCCAGGGACCGUUCCAUGAUGAUGCCCCCUGGAGACAGAAAUUUCAUGGGAUACCAGCAGCAGCAGCAGAGCCUUGGAGGGGGAGGUGGAGGGCCGAUUUCAAACCAGCUGUCCCCAAGUCGUGACUCUCUAGGUUGCCAAGAACAAGGCUACAAUCAGGGACACUACCAGCACCAGGGAGGAGAAGUUGCUUCCAGAGGUGGUGGAAGGCCAAUUCACCCAGAAGGCAUGUCCAAUACACUUCUCCAACAGGCUGAGUACAGUAUGAGCACCUGCCAGCUCAGUCCAUCAGGCCCACAUUAUCCAGGUUUGGGCCAGGGCGGUGAUGCUGGAGGAGGUCAAUGGACAGACAACCAGGUUCAGACCCAGAGAGGAAUGCAGUAUUCAGACCCAAACAUGCAACCUCAGCAGUCCCAAACACAUUUCAACAAUCAGACCGGUCUCUAUAACAGUCCCAAUGGAACUCAUAAACUCACCAUCAAGCCCGAACAACAGUUUCACCCUGGCAUGGGAGGUGGAGAUGCCUGUCAAAGUGCUAAGCUCCAACAUCAGCAACAGCGGAUGCUCCUCCAACAGGGUUACCAGCAGACCGGCCAAGUUAUGAUGAGAAACUCCAACAAUCCCAGCUGCGACUUUCAAGGCCAGAACCAAAACUCUUUCCCAAGGGGAGGCAGCUUAAGCUUAGGCUGUGCAGGUUCUGCUCUAAGUGAAGGGCAGAGAUCAGAAACCCCCAUGAUGCAAGUGAAAGAGAUUAUGGUGAGGAACUAUGUGCAAUCCCAACAAGCGCUCAUGUGGGAACAACAGCAAGAACAACAGCAAAGUGGAAUUAAACCUCCUCCACUUUCUGACAACAUGGAUAUGAGUGCUCAAACCACCAUGAUCCAACACAGUCCACAGCACCAAAACCAGAGUCUGUACUCUAACCAGCCUUAUUCAUCCUACCCUAACCAGAACCUGGUCAUGAGUCCUCAAGGCCACAGCCAGGGCCCGUCCUCUAUGACUCCUAAAGACCAGCAACUAGCAAAUCUUCAAGGCUCAUGCUAUGGUCAGGACAUGGUGGUUCCCAGGCCCCCUCAAGGACGGAAACCUCUGAGUCGUCAAAACAGCUUGUCCCAAGUCGGAGCCUACUUGGGCAGCCCACCUCACCUUAGCCCUGUUCACUCCACCUCCAGCCCCAGACGAGGGGUCCGACUGCCCCCAGUCCAGCAUCCGCAGCACCCACAGAAUGAAAUGUUCUCUCCUUCCAAUAACAACAACAUGUACUACUCAGGUCAGAUCAGCAUGGAUAUGGAGAAACACAUAGACCCCCAAAAUGGUCCUUGUCUGAGCCUGGAUCCAACAGGUGGCACUAAAUCAACACCUUACCCUGAGUCUGGGCCCAUUUCCAAUGCCUUAGAAAACCUGGACCUGGACAAUGCUCGUAUAGACUUCACCUCCAUCAUCGAUGACACCGACUCUUCCUCAUUUAAUCCAGUCACCAAUCCCCUCCCAGGUCAGCUCAGGUCUUCUUCGCAGGCCUCGUCCCGCCUUACCACGCCCCAGACAUCUGUCAGCCUGGCUGCAGGCUCUGGCCUUUCCAACAUGGCUGUGGGGGACAUGACGUCCAUGCUUACCUCACUAGCUGGGGAGAAUAAAUACCUGAACACCAUGUCUUAAAGGAGGACUCUGAGGCAGCUUUUUUCCACAUUUUUACAAUCAAAUCCAAUUGUUUGUGUUUUAAUAGAGAUCCAUAUGUAGCCACAGGGCUUUAUCAUCCUGUCGCAUAUUGACUGUCCCUUGAACAUUGAAUGCCAGUUCAGGUAAAAAAAAGAACAAGUUUUUUAAUUAGAUCUUGGGUGUUUUACAUUAUUAGGCUGGACUUUUUUUAAACAUCCAUUAACCUUCAAAAAUAGGAAACUCAAUUGGGAGCAGAUGCUACUGGACAACCAUAGUACAGAAAAAAUGCCAUGUUAUAAACCUUUGGCCUGCAGAAUGAGACAUAGCAACUCAUAUGGUCCCUCCCCUGGUUUAAAAACUCUUACAAUCCCUAAACUUUAGAACCAAAGGUGUCUGAUCAAACCCGCUUUGCUGUACUAUUUUUUCACAGUUUGUACUUACUAUUCUUCUGUGCCUUAAUGUGAGUCACAGAGCUCUACGCCUGAAAUGAAACUUUUGCUGAACUUUUUACAAACAGGCAUUCCAGUCACAUAUGGCUGUGGUAACAGUGGAGCAGAGAAGGACAUGUAAAUAGGUUUUAUAUACAUUUAUAUGUUGUGUAUAUGACGUCGGGGCAGUGGAUGAAUCACGAUCUGCCUCGUGAUAGACAGCUUUGAGCUCUCACAUGGGAGGUAGUAAGAUGCUUGAUUGAAGAGCUGGAUGUAUGAUGUACUUUUAGAGGAGAAAUCGGUGCUACUAAACCAUUAUCUGUAUCGCUUAGGAUUUUGUUCUUGUCAUGAACAACACACUCCACAAGUGGCUUACCAGUAUUUUCACACAGUAUGCAUAAACACUCACAUAGUACACACAGACACUCAGGACUUCUUCUUUGGUGUUCAGAUGAUGUGUAUGUUGAAAUUGCCUUUGCGGGACAGUGAGUUUGGACUCCACAUGCUUACUGUAAGUGUUCCUAAAGCAACAUCAUUCUUUUGUUUUUUGUUUUUGUUUUGUUUUUUUUCAGAGGUGUUAUAGUUACAAAAUAGAAAGUGCCUUGCUCUCUCUGAGGUACAUGGAGCUAAACUUAAUUUAGUACAUUUGCGUCAACUCCCUGCACAUAAUGCCUGAUAUAUUCACAAAUAAUGCCUUCAAGAACAUGAGCUCGACUCCGACUCGUACAUGACUCAGCUGAGGAUGACGGCUAUUUUGAACACGACCUGAGCCAGCUGUUAUGUAUCUGUUAACAGACCAAUAAAAGAUGUAUUGGAAAAACUGAGGUACAUUCAUAAUACAGCGCUGCUGUAGGUUUGCUCUAAUCCCAAAGAGGAGUUAAAAAUUCUGAUUACUAAUUUAGGAUAGGAGGUCAAGAAGAGGAAUUUAUAUCAAUCACUACCACUGUAGUGAAAUAUAUACUGAAUGGGUACAAUAAGGUACUUUUGUGUGACUAUUGAGUGGAACCAUAUGAAAGUAGGCUGCAGCCUUUUAGCUAAUUUUACACUGUGGCUUUGCACUGACUACAGCACUGUGUGAAAAGGUCUCUGUCUUUUUGACUAUUCACAGGAACCUCAUUUUUAUAGUAAAGAGUUAUCACAGUAUUUCUAAUAGUCAUUCAAGAACACAGAUUGACCGCAUUAGGCCACUUAAAAGUAUUUUUGAAGCAUUUUAAAUUUGACGCAUCAGAAU